AUGGUGUCCGCCGUGCUCCGGACCAUCCUGGUGACGGGCGGUGCCGGGUACAUCGGCAGCCACACGGUGCUGCAGCUGCUGCAACAGGGCUUCCGCGUCGUCGUCGUCGACAACCUCGACAACGCCUCCGAGGUCGCCCUCGUCCGCGUCGCCGAGCUCGCCGGCCACAACGGCGCCAACAACCUCGUCUUCCACAAGGUUGACCUUCGCGACAGGCACGCUCUGGAGGACAUCUUCUCGUCCCACAGGUUUGAGGCUGUCGUUCACUUUGCUGGGCUCAAAGCUGUCGGCGAGAGCGUGCACAAGCCUCUGCUUUACUACGACAACAACCUCUCAUCGGCACCAUCACCCUUCUUGAGGAUACCAUACCGGUGUCCUAGCUUGCUUCUGGACCAGCUGGUGUUUUCAUCAUCUGCAACUGUCUAUGGGUGGCCCAAGGAAGUGCCAUGCACUGAAGAAUUCCCGCUUUGCACCACCAACCCUUAUGGACGGACCAAGCUUAUGAUUGAAGAUAUCUGCCGCGAUGUCCAACGUUCAGACCCUGAUUGGAAGAUUAUACUGCUCAGCAAGUCUCACCUCACGGUCUAUGGAACCGACUACAACACAAAGGAUGGAACUGGGGUGCGUGAUUACAUCCAUGUUGUUGACCUGGCUGAUGGCCACAUAGCAGCCCUGAGGAAGCUCUAUGAAGACUCCGACAAAAUAGGGUGUGAGGUAUACAAUCUGGGGACAGGAAAGGGGACAUCAGUGUUGGAAAUGGUGGCUGCAUUCGAGAAGGUUUCUGGGAAGAAAAUCCCUCUGAUGCUUGCUGGGCGAAGGCCUGGAGACGCAGAGAUCGUCUACGCGGCAACUGCCAAGGCAGAGAAAGAGCUCAAAUGGAAGGCAAAGUAUGGGGUCGAGGAGAUGUGCAGAGAUCUGUGGAAUUGGGCAAGCAAGAACCCCUACGGCUAUGCUGGAUCACCCGACAAGAGCAACUGA